AUGGCAGCGUCCGCCAGCGCCACGGGCCACCUCCUCGAGCCCAUCAGAGACCUUGGCUGGCAGCUCGACCUCGCAGCCGAGCUCGAAGAGUACCUGCAGGCCAUCCAGGCCGACGAGUCGGACUUGGUGAACUUUGCCCAAGCCGCACUGCUCGUUCAGAACUCGACUGUGCGGUACAGUAAGAAGGUCGAGAACCUCUACACGCUCGUGCUGGAUGCGCUUACGCAGUUCCAAUCGCAUCCGGAGAAAGAGCGCACCACGAAGCGACAGCGCACGGCCCACGGCAGCGCCUCCCGCGGGACGGCGUCCGACAGCACGGUUCUCGCCACGUCCGACUUUGAGUCGCACGGAUCGUCGCUCGAUGCGCCCGUUCACUGGACCUUCCACAAGCGCGUUGAAGAAAGCGACAAGAUCGAUCUGUUGCCGAACACACAGCUCCUGCACGCGUCAUCGAAGCGCAUCACGACCAAGACCUUCCAGGCGUCCAUGGCGCUCAUGGGCUCCUUGGUGCCGGACGAGGUCGUGACGGGCGAGUCGUUCAAGCUCCGGUCGUGCACUGUGCACAGCAAGUCGGGUGCACUGCUGCUGGAUGACUGCAGCAAGCUCCUCUUGGAUCCCGAUGCAGCUGUCCCGACGGUCGAGCUACCGGCAGAGGCAGCCAAUGUCACCUUUCGUCGUGGGACGCUGCUGGGCAACAUCUCGGAGGGUGACGAGGAAGCGCCAGAAAACGAUGCUGUCUCCAGCGAGAGUGUAAUGGCAACCGAGACCAACGGUGAAGUCGACGACAACAAUGACGUCAACGACGACGGAAUGGACUACGACUUUGGCGGCGGCUACGAGUCACCGAUGAAGGACGUUGCUCCGAGCAGCGCGCCGACGACGCCGCCGCCGCCGCAAGAGACUGAUUUUGCUGCCACGAUGAACGCGAGUCCAGUGAAAUCCAAGCCCGACCCGUGGCUGCAGCUCGACCCGUACGACGCCAGCCAAAGCGUGAGCCAGCCCUUCACCAAAGGUGUGACGUACACUACGCCCAAGCUCAAAACGACCAAGUCGGCCAUCGCCAAGGACGAGCCGCUGUAUGACCCCAACGCAAAGCGCGCGCAGCGCAGCGCCGAGCGCCUCAAGCGGCAACUCGCGGCCAAACCCGCUUCGUUGUUCAUGAGCUUUGACUUUGAGAACGUUCCGUUUCGGCAGCUGCACCUCCAGUAUGCGAACGCGAUCGUUCGAACGGACGCGGCGGCGACGGCGCCCAAAGCUGCGCCUUUGUUCGUGCCCGCGGACGAGAUGUCGACCGCACCGAUGCUCGAGGCUAACGAUGACGACGUUGUCGUCGAUGAUUAUGGCUUUGACGCGGGGGUGAGCGAUUACGAGGACGACGAUGGCUGUGUGCCAUAUUCCCCCGCGCCGCCACCCGUCAAGGCGGAAGGCACCAAGGAAGAGGACAUCUUCAAGGCGGACGAUGACGUGCCGUCGUACGAAGACCUGUGCAAGCAACACAUUGAGCAAUUCUUGCACGGGUCCGAGCACUACAAGAAGCAGACGACGUUGACACGAAAAGUGGCCAAGUGGCAAGCGUCGUUGGCGCCGCUGCUGACUGCCCAGGAGGCGCGCCCGCCGUUUGACAUCCAAGCGUGCGGCAAAAACAUCGUUGACCACCUCGAGCCGACGGCGCCUCGGGCGUUUGGUGCAGUCGUCCAAGGCUUAUCAGUGUACGAAGUGUGCCGCAUGUUCACGGCCACGCUGCAGCUGGCCAACGCUGGCAGUGUCGAGCUGGCCCAUACGAACGACAUCGACUCGCUCGAAUUGAUUGUCCGUGCAUAA